AUGGAUGCGACGUCGCGGGCUGCCCGCGCGUGCCUGCUCCUGAUCCACUGCGCGUCGGGCUACGUGGACCGGCUGCCGCUGGCGCCGGAGAACUACGGCUUCGCGACGAACCUGAGCGCGGCGACGCCCUACCGGCGCAAGGCCGCCGUCUUCGCGUCCGUCGGCGGCGGCGACCUCGUGCUCUUCUCGGGCAAGGCCAAGGACGAGCGGCUGAACCGGGGCCGCAUGGCCUACGUCGGCGACGCCUGGCGCCUGUCGCUGUCGGGCCGCGGCGCGCGGUGGACGCGCGUCGACGCGGGGCUGCCCCGGGCCGAGCGGCCCGCCGCGCGCUGGAAGUCCGCGCGCCGCCGGCGCCGCACCGCGGGCGACGGCAUCGACGGCGAGCUCUGGAUCUUCGGCGGCCACGUUGAGCGCGGCACGAAGUCGAUCUACUUCGACGACCUCUGGGCCCUCGACGCGUCGAACGCCUGGCGGGAGGUCAAGCCGAGCCACGCGGGCGCGGCCUGGCCGCCGAAGCGGCGCGGCCACGCCGCCGCGGCCGCCGCGGGCCGCCUCGUCGUCGUCGGCGGCCGCCGCGAGCACAAGACGUGCCUCUCCGACGCGUGGGCCUUCGACGUCGCCGCGGGCGCCUGGAGCGAGGUCGCGACGCCGGCCUACGGCUGCCGCUGGGGCCACACGGCGACGACCGUGGACCGGCGCGUCGCCGUCUUCGGCGGCCGCCACAAGGAGGACGACGGCGACUACGACUACUUCGGCGGCAACCAGCACUCCGUCUGGUUCUACGACGUCGCCGGCGACGCCUGGGAGGAGGCGCCGGCCCUGACGGACGUCGGCCCGAAGGCGCGCGACCACCACGCGGCGGCCUACGUCGACGGCGGCCUCUACGUCACGGGCGGCAAGACGACGGAUCUCGCGGCCGAGGCCCAGGACGACCUCUGGCGCUUCGACGUCGCGACGCACACGUGGGCGGACCUCACGGCGGGACGGCAGCCGCGGAGCCGCUACCUCCACUCCGCGGCGACGUGGGCGACGGCGCCGCCGCUCGCGCCGAGCGAGCGGCCCGAGCUCGGCGCGAUGGUCGUCUUCGGCGGCGAGCACAUCAAGUCGCGGCGCCACGGCAAGAAGAAGUACGUCCGCUACAACGACGUCUGGGGCUACUGGCCCCUCGGCGAGUGGGUCGAGCUCAUCGACGACCGCGGCUUCGCGUCCGCGCUCUACCUGAGCCCCUGGUCCCUCCGCUGGGUGCGCCUCGCGUCCGAGGCCGCCGUCGUCGCGACCUGCGUCGGCGUCGUCGCCGUCGCCAUCUACUACCGCCUCGCGCUCACGGCCCUCGCCGCCGCCUUCGCCCGCGGGCGCGGCGAGUGCUUCAGCGACCCCGGCGUCGCCAUCUCCGCCGAUGAGUGCGCGUGCCACGCGACCUGCGAGACCUGCGGCUACGCCGCCGAUCCGAGCGGCCGCGCGGACUGCGUGACGUGCGCCGACGGGAGCAAGGUCCGGGAGGUCUACACCGACGGGACGGGCAUCUGCGCCGGCGACGAUCUCGCGGAGAUCUGCGAGGACACGUGCGCGUCGGCGAACGACGGCGCGUGCGACGACGGCUUCGCGACGCGCUUCGCCGGGGAGAGCGCGUGCCCCUGCGGCUCGGACUGCGGCGACUGCGGCGCGCGGACGCCCCAGGCGUGCGCGGACGCGGCGCGCGACGCCGCCGUCGACGAGGCCGAGGACGCGGCCGACGGCGCCGUCGAGACGGUCAUCGAGGAGAUCUUCUGCGCGGUCUACGAGAACCCGCGGCUCUGCGAGGACGACGGCGAGUACUGGUGCUGCGACCGCAACAGCGACUUCCCCAAGUGCGGCUCCGCCUACGGCUACUGCGAGGACUCCAUCUCCAACAAGGCGGCGUCCAAGAUCGCCAUCGGCGUCGUCGUCACCAUCGUCAUCAUCGUCGUCGCCGUCCUCGGCGGCGUCAUCGGCUGCUGCGUCUGCUGCGCGCGCAACCGCAAGGCCGCGGCGGCGAACCGCGCCGGCGGCGGCCCGCCGGCGCCCGGCUGGCUCGGCAACCCGAACGCGUCCUUACUCUACGUCGACCCGCUGGCGCCGCUGGCGGUGGAGGCGAGCUACGUCAUGCACUCGCAGCACAAGUACGACGGGCCGGACGGCGAACCGACGACGCCCGCCGCCGUCGCGGGCCCGUCGGAGUCGACGACGGACAUCCUCGGCGCCCAGUCCUACCCGGCGGAGUCGACGGCGGACAUCCUCGGCGCCCAGUCCUAG